AUGUAGAUCAGAAAGAGUAUGGAAAGCAAAGCGAAGAAGAAAACACGUGGGACCAACAUGUAAAAGAACUAAAGCAGAGAGAUGAAAGAAGGAUGAGUGACCGGCAAGAAGCUCUAGAAAGAGAACGAAGAGAGCUAGAAAAACUGGAUCAGGAGAGGAGGAUGAUUGAAGAAUCACUGAAGCUGGAAAUGGAAAAAGAACUAAAAACAAGUGUUGAAGAAGUGAGCGACGAAUCAGCUCAGGAAGAAAAUCCUUUAGAGAAGUACAUGAGAGUCAUCCAGCAGCAACGAGAACAAGCAUCUGCAAAUAAGCUAUCUGGAGAAUGCUCCCUAGUAGACACACUACCAUCUACUGACAAGGAUGAGAGGUAUGGUUUCCCAAAACU